UCGAGGGCUGUGUGUUGACGCUCUACCAGCAACACAGUCACGAACAACCGGCUUAGGUACAGUCCCCCAAGAAUUCAAUUUUCUUCCUGCCUGUUGUGAAAUGGCUUAGAUCUAGUUUUUUCAGAAAGAAGAUAGCUUAAGGAUACAGGAACUUAGAGGCAGUUAACGCGUGGGCUGCGGCGCCAUGAACCAGCCGGACCGCUAUGUGCAGUUUGUGCUUCCCGAGGGGGAACGCAAGGUUAACUAUAAGGCCGAUACAAAACUGAAGGAUGCCGGCACCUUCUCGUUUCGUUCUGAGGACCACACCAUGGGGAACCUGCUGAGGAUGCAGUUGCAUUCAGACAAGGCGAUGGUUUUCGCUGGAUAUCGCAUUCCACAUCCAUUGGAGCCGGUGAUGGUUGUUAAGGUGCAGACCAAUGGGACGAAAUCCCCAGAGGAGGCAAUGGUGCAUGCGCUACAAGAUCUGGCGAGCGAGUUCGGUUACAUGCUGAAUGAGUUUGAUCGGGAAGUGAUGAAUGCACAGCAGAACCCGAUGCACAACCUUUGACGUCUGAGCAAGAACAGAUCGUACAUAGCCGUCUUGGCGUCAGGUCUAUCUAUAGGUAUCCACUUCUUUUGCCUAACAUCGCGUGUUCUCGCGUAAGAACUGGGGGGUCGGCGGCCUGCAAGGUUGUCCUUUUUUAAACACUCGAGUGGUCGUUUUCCAUGGAAUACAACCUGACCUGACCUGUACGUGUAUCUUCUAUGGAUGUAACGUUCACCGUUG